AUGCACGUUUUUGUUUGUACCAAGAGACAUCGAUAUUCCAAUUGGGAAGACCGAUACUCACUGUAAGUUGCUUAUAAUUGUUGCAUUACUUUACGCUGUAGAAUAUUAUAACUAACCUUUUUUUAAAAAACUAUACAUUAUAAUUGUUAUGUAUUGUAUCAUCUUUGUCAUACCAAUUUGUUUAGUUUCUUAUGUUCCAAGCCAAGACAUGAUCAAGGCAUGGGGGAGCCAGAACAGUUGUAUGAAACGCAUUAUCAGAAGCUGGAAGUCAACAAAAUGGAUCCCAAAGUCUUCUACGAAACCGAGAAAAGUCCUAGAUUCAGCUAUACGUUUGUUCCUGAACUCGGUCGAUUUCAGGACAUUGUUCUGAUAUGGUCAGUUAGUUUUUAUUUACUGUAACAUGGACUGAGCGUGUGAUUUUGGUCAUUGGACUAAGGAAACUAUUAAUUUUUAGGUACUUUUGAAUGUUUCGCCAAUUUCUUCCUUGAGUUAACUUUAGAAUGCAUUAAACAGCGUAAUUUACACUGGUUAGGUCAAGUCAUUAUGUAGAAAAAUUUUAAAUUUUAGGCCGGAAGAUAAGUCAACUCCCAUUGAUUUGCUGGAUAAAAUGGACGAAGGACCUUAUUCGAUUUUCGCAUUUGAAGCAGCAAAAGGCUGUGUCGACAAGUACGGUUACUUCGCAGUGAGUUUUACGAUUACUAUGGGACAUAAUUUUAAAGAUUUUGAAAACUUGAAAUUUUGGAAUGUAUUUAGUAAUAAGCUACUUGAUACUCUACUUUUUUAAAAAUAGCCAACUUAAUAAGAUCUAACAAAACUUACUUUAAGCAUGUUUAGAACAGAAUAUACCAGUCGGUGACAUGUAUGUCGUUGCAAAAUCUGCGACUAAAUAAAACCAAAGAACCUCACCGAUAUUAUGCUGGGCCUAUUACCUUCAACAGAGUCAGGUUUGAUGAGGAUGACUAUAUGCUACUGUAUCUGCUGACUAAUCGAUCGUAAGUUGUUGUAAUAGAUAAUGAAUUAUAUAACAGUAAUAUGGGUUAACAUACUAUUUUUUCUAUUGAAAUUGAACGAUAAUUUAUUGUACUAUAUUAAAAAAAUGUUUAGGUGGGCUUCUAGGCGACAUGAUACUCGAUGAGAUCUUAUUUUUGAACAUGUAUUACCUAAAAUUCUAUAAAGUCGUAUUUUAGAACGAAUAUGCGUACAUCCGAUUCAUCCCUCAUGAACAGUAUGUCGAUGAAGAACUUUGUGACUUGUAAACAUGCCGAGACCAAGGAUACUGACCUAGAUCCCCAAUGUCACUCAGCCUACAACAUUUUUGAUUUCUCCAGAAUCUGUUGUUGCUUCCACGGUAACUGCACGACGGUAGACAGAGAGUAUUUUGAGAAUAAAGAUCUGAAGUGUCCGAUUGGAGAAUAUAAUGCUACUGGUUUCUUGCCACCGAUCAUGCAAUACGAUUACGAUGAGUAUGGAUAUGCUUCUAGGAAGAAGUUCUGUCAGGUGGAAAUGUUAGUCUUGACAGGGUAGGUUACGAGUUAAUAGUUAAUUUUGAUUUUCAAGUUUUGAUGUAUUUUGGAUGUUAAUGUCCCUUAUUACUUAUCCAUCUGCUCUACAUUCCUCUUAAAGACUAGUCUAUGAUAAUAUUAUCUGAUGUUUUACCUAUUGUAUUUUGACUGUAUAUGUGAUGACAUUUCCAGAAACAACAACACAGAACUGUACGUCAAGCUAAAUGGCUCUCAGCAUAUUAUAAUGGGUCCAGCCAAUAUUGCUCUGGACGAUGGUGAGAUGGUAUGUGGCCUUCAAGCAACUCAAUGUGCCGGAGACCUGAACACCGUCACAUAUAACAAAGAUUUUGCUAUGAAGUGUUAUUGUCCUGAGGAAUUGUUAUGUGCCAAUUACCCUCGUAGUGUAUAUGAAACCUGGAACCUGUUCGCUGGUCGAUUGCAGGACAAAGAGGUAUGUUAUAGUAGAUUUCAGAGGUUUAUGAUUGAGGUAAUGGAGCUAGAAGAGCGUGGAGUUGGAAUAAAUUAAUUUUACUUUAAGUAGCUAUGUUACAGUAAAAGUUAGAGUGAAUUUUACAUUACGAUUUCUAGUAUAACAUACAGUAACGCCAAUGUUUAGCACAUGUCAUGGUGUCAACGAGUACCGUUCUUUGGCAACGAACUUCACCCUCACGUGUGUCAUGUCUUCUAUGAUGUCCAGAAGAAGAGACCGGUCGUUUUGGUAGACAACUACAACUUCUUUCUGAUCGGAGAGAUGUACUUCAUAACAGACGAUAUUCCUUUUCCUUCUGACCCGAAGGCUGACAUUACUUUAGUGACAUUCCUCUCGGGUAUAGUCACCAGAAAGGUCAUCGACGAUUGUCAAACAUCAGAAGAUGUUGUUUAUGAGGAGGAGGAUGUGAACCAACAUCGCUUGUUCUACUUCUUUACCUGUAAGAACUGUUUUUGUUUCUUGAAGUGUAAGACUAGCCUAUGAUAAUAUUAUCUGGUGUUAUUGGUGAUGUUAAAUGUCCUUAUUAAUGUUAUCUCAUGUUCUGAGUAAUGUUUUUUGCUGUUAUGACUAAUAUUAUCCGAUGUUCUUGGUAAUGUUAUAUAAUGUUGUACAUGUUGUAGGUGAGGCCAAGAACUGUGACUUGUAUAUCGAAGACAAUAUCGACAAAUACACAGAGACAUUGAAAGAGUAUGAACCUCAGUGCAUGACUAUCAUAGCAGAACACAACUUUAUGAAACGAGUUGGAGACUACAAAGAGGAUCGGGCAGCCAUAAUUGAAAAUACAGUAAUGAAGAAUGCAAGUAAGGAAGGAUACUGUAGUAUAAAAAUUUUGAAGUGAUUUAAAUCUACAGAAAGAUUUAAAAAAAGCUUAUAUUUUAUAACAAGACAAUGAUUGUAAAUGUUAUUGUUAAGGUUUUUUGAUGAGAAAAGGUAGAACAGAGCAGGAGUUGCAUAAGUUAUGGUUAAUAUAGGUUGAUGAGAAAAGAUGACACAAUUUAAAAAUAAAUUUUGAAUUUAGCUCAAACGGGCUUCUGCUUCUUCCAAUACAUAUCUGAAGAAAGCCAACACACUGAAGACGUUGGCUAUGUUAUACGUCCGGUAAGUCUACUUUAUCAGAUUUUGUAAACUGUUGGUAAUCUUUAAAUUACUAACUUGAUUAUAUUAUAGUAUAGAGAAGAAAUUCUAAAUUAAGAUUAAAAACGUAAAAUACUGAAUUGGUAAUAUUUGUCAAUGCUAAAAUAUAUAGAAUGCUGAAUUAAAUUACAAAAUGAUUAAGACCAGUAUAAUAUUGUCAUUUUCUAGGCACUGCCGUCUGACAUAAAGAACCACCCCUGCCCAACCUACAAUGUCGACCCAUGGUGCCGUUACAACGAAGAAACUUUGUCAUUCUGUUGUCUAUCGUUCAAUCAAAAGAUUUACUCCGGAUCGAAAGGUAAGUUUUAAAAAUGCAGAUAUGAAAGACUUAAAUACGAGUUGUAGAACAUAUCCAAAUUGGUAAAAACUUUAAAAAAUCUUUUCUUUUUGUGCCGCCACCUCAAAUUUGAAGUCUAAUUUUUUAGUAUUUCUACCAGUUUGAAUAUAUUCCAAAACUUGUAUUUAACAGACUUUUAUAUUGUCGAUAGUCAUAAUGAAGCGUUUACUUUUAGUGGAGGAAUACAAAUGGUAUAUCUUCAUUGCCAUUCAAGCACAGUUGAGCCCUAACGGUAAGUAUUUUAAAAACAGUAUUAUAGGUAUAGGCCGAACCAGAAACGCCGCUACAGAUUUUUUCUUUAUGCAGAUUAAUUUUAUGUUACAGUUCAUAAAAUAAUUUAGUAUAAUAUUAUGUAUCAUUUUAGUCGUGGCUACUGGUGAGGAUGCUAUUAACGAUACUGUUAGUGAGCCUGGUAAAUGUGCCGUUCACAGCGUGAACGACGGCCUUCUGGGAGUGUCAGAAGACCAAUGUGGUGAACAGAGAGGAUGUUACGAUGAGUUUGUGUACGUGGCACGAUCUGUAAGUUCUUAUGGAUUAUUAUAACUUGAAUUUAAGACUGUAGGCGAAUGGUGUUGGGGAGAGUGGAUGUGAGCAGGUUACCCCUCCUCAAACUCAAAUAAUCAUUUUACCGAUCCUGGAUGUAGGUAUAAAUGGGCUUAAGCUUUACUCUAACAUUAUACUUAUGCUAUAAUACAUGACAUUUCAGCUUCGUCGUGUCAGUGGAUGUACGACAGAUGCAGUCACGGCUGUAAUAAAGAAUGGCACCAGACCUAUCCAUGGUGGAGUAAUCUGUAGCAUAAAACAACAUGUCCAUGACCACAACUAUCCUUACAGAGACGAAUGUAUUGUUGCAGAUACUGGACUGCCAUACGCAGAUGGACUCAAGAUCACCUGGCCAAAUGAGACGAUGGGCGACAGACUUCAGAGCACCAAAGUCAUAUGUUGUUGCCAUGAAAAGGCGUGCGAUGACCUCACCACUAAACUCGUCUUUUACUACGCUGACUUUGUCGAUGGCCAUGAAGAUGAUCUGAAAGAAAAAAUGGAACAUUUAGACCAUUAG